AUGUCGAAGCCCAAGAAGCCGCCGGCGCUGAACAAGGUGCCACGGAGAGAUCCGCUGGCUUCCUUGAAGAUGGCCGAUAUGUUAAUAUCAAAACCAACUCUUCCAGCAGAGGUUCUGGCUACUGUCAUCGACAACCUAACGGUGCCUGAUCUGCUUCGAUUCGCCCGGGUGUCACGCCGGAUGCAUGAGAUGGUAUAUGACGAUACACGAUGGGUCAAACGCCUGAGGAUGAUGGGCUGCUGGAAUGACGCUGAAGCGAGGAGAAGAGCAGAGCCCCAAAAGACACCAACCACUCCAGGUCAAAGGCGGAGUGCAAUAGAUCGCAACUUGGUGAACGGGAAGGGAAGACCAGAAGUUCUGUUUGACAUGGAUGCCUCUCCGGUCAAUCAAUCCCGUCAAACGAACCUCUUUUCGCCCUUGCGGCCUCGCUCGGCGGCAGCGGAUGGGUUUGACGUGGCUGAGAUUUCGAGCCCGCGGACUCCGGCCUCUACAGGGCUCCCUAUUGACCACGAUGCGCCGUUGUCAGCUUUCUCCAGAGUUAAAUCCAUCAGAGGACGGGCCAGACAAGAGUAUGGCAAGAUUUACAAACUUCUGGCUCCAUACUACACGGAUCUGCUCUCUGCGUCCAAUCCGAUGCAUAGCCGUACGUUCAAGGAUUUUUCUCUCCCGGAACAGCAAGCUCAGCUAUUGGUCAAUGUUCGAAUCUUCUCUGCCAGCGAUUUCUCGCCUGGUUCGGGAGAGAGAGACCGGCAAAUCUUGGAAGCCGUCGGUAUGUUUGACACCGCAGCUCUCCUGGAGUUCCGAAAAGGGUACGAGUUCAAGGAUAUCCAGGGACGAAUGCGUCAGUAUGCACGGGUCAUGCAUAUUCUCAACGGUGGGAAGAGUGGUGUCGACCUAUUCUUGCAUGACAACAACAUGAUCAACCAACGAGCAGAGCUCGGCUCCGUGGCGGAUUGCAUCGACUACUCCCUAGGUUACGGCGAGCUGUCCUUAGAAAGGGUCCAAGCAUACUUUGAACGACUGGGCAAUGCCUUCAUGCAGGAGAACGGCAUUGUUCGAGCUGUAUUUCCCAACGCCGAGGAGGUCUCUCUUCUCCUCCUCGAAGAGGUAGCCAAGGAGAUUCUCUCGCCUUUUCUAUCGGCAUUGUUCGAAGAUGCUCGGACUCGGGGAACGUCCAUAUAUCUCCGAAUCAUAUCGGGAACGUUCCAGGCGACCAGGCAGUUUAUUGAAAAUGUCGCUCUGCCCGAGGACGUCGAUGAAUCAACUAUAGCACGAUGCAAUGCCAUUGGAACCGAGAUUUUUGCACCUCAUCUCGAAACCUAUCUUGCUGAAGAAUUAGCUUUCUUUCGCCACAAGGCAGAUUCCGAAGUCGAACAAUGGGAUCGAGCCUUGUCCGAACAGGCCGCCUCGACCGAGAGUUUUCUCAUGUCUAACGUGAAUCGGCAAGCCGAUAAGAAAGACUUCAUGUCAUCGUUCAAGCAAGUGCUCAUGAUGCCGGUCAACAUUUUGCCUGUCUUCACCGGCACCUCCACUCAGAAAGCCGUUCCCAAGCACCUCGAUGCCGAUAUUGCUCCCUUGUCGAGGCCUGCCACUCCUAGCCAACUCGGCUCUCGAGCCUUGACUCCGUCCCACCUUCAAGAGGCCCCACCUAAUGAACUCGCUGCUAAAGCUGCCCUCAUGAACUCCAAGCUGGAGAAUAUCCGGUCUCUGUUCUCUAUUGAAGUUGCUCUCAACCUCGUCCAUGCCGCCAAGUCUUCUUUAGACCGUGCCGCGCAAUUCAUCGCGUUGGGAGGAGAAGCCGGCCACUCAGCUCGCACACAAUGUUCUGCAAUCUUCAUCUUGCUCGUACAGACGGUGGGCAUCCGUCACGUCAAGGCCGGCUUCGACAAGGCCAUUGACCACCUGUCGCAUUAUUCGGCUCGCGAGACGAACACCAACUCCGACGGUGACGACUCGUCCACGACCGUCCAAGUCGCUCCGCUCACGACGUUCCUCGAGCUCGUCAACGUGGGCGACCUUAUUCAGCAAAUGCUCGAUGUCUUCUAUGAGUCCGAGUUAGUGCGCUUACGCAUUUCUAACCGGGACGAUUUCCUAGACGUUAACGUGAAGGAGAAGCGCAAGUUUGAGGCUAUGCUCGAUGAGAGCGUCGCCGCCGGUUUGGGAAAAGGUAUCGACGUGCUGAUGGAUGAAGUUGAGUAUAUCUGCGCCACUACUCAGUUGCCCACCGACUUCUAUCCGGAACUGGCCAUAGCAGAAGGCGCCUCUGCCACGCAUCAUCAUGCAAGCACCAUGACCUCUAUCUUGAACGGUGGCAUGAGCGGCAGACCAACCAGUAUGGCGAACAGUACAAUGCCCGUGAUGGACUUUUCCGGCAAGCCAACGGCGACUGCAUCGCGCGUCAUCAAGCUCGUCGCCCACCACACGGGGAUGCUCACAGGCGCGACCGAAAAGACUCUCCUCGACGUCUUCACCGCAGAAGUGGGACUGCGGCUCUUCACCACGCUGACGAAACACAUCAAACGCCAGCGGAUUUCAUGCGCGGGCUCGCUCAACUUGCUGAGCGACCUCUCCGCGUACUCGCAGUUCAUCGCCACGUUCAAGAACCCGGACUUGAACAGUUAUUUCACGGCCCUGAGGUCCUUGGCGCAGAUAUACCUGAUCCAGGGAACCAGUGAUAGGGAUGUGAGGGAAAUGAGCACGAUCAUUGCGGACCAAGACAGGUAUAAAGGUGUGUUUACUGUUGAGGAGGUCGUGGAGUUCGCCGAGAGGAGGAGUGAUUGGUUUUCGCUGAGAGCGAGAGUGGAGGGCAAGGUGAAAGGCGAUGGCUGCAUAGUUAUGUAG